AUGGGGAAUAAAGUAGAUGAGGAUGGAAAAACUGACACUGUGAAAGAUGCUGAACCUACGGAUAAUGGGGAACCCCCACCACCCCCGGAACCUUAUAAACCCCCCCUUGAACCCUUCAGACCCCUGGUGUUACCCAAACGGAAAUACCACACAAUAUCAGCCCCCAUGAGUCGACGUUUUGGACGCAAGAUUAAAAUGGGAACGUGUGGAAUAGACGUUAAUCGUCCCAACUCGUACGACCAAACAGCUCUGGAUAUCGUUAAUAAAUUCACCACACAUAAAGGUGCCAAGGAACUAAAACAUAUUCUUAAAGGUAAACUAACGAAAAAUAACGUUCCUUGUUCAUCAAAUAAUCUUACUGUAAUAGUUUGUCAAUUGAGAAAUUUUGAAUGUUAUUUAUACCCAGGUCAAAUUUAG